AUGAAAUUAGAGAAAAAUUUUCUGUCUCCUUUCAAUAAUCAAAGAGAUUUUCUCUUAAGUCAUUUACUUCCUUAUGAUCCUAAUAAUAAUAAAGCCAAAAAAUUGGAAAAUGGUCUCCGCGAAUAUCUACUACUAAUAAUCGCUACAGAACAAGCUUUAGAAAUCGUAGCGAAGAAAGAUAUCAACAGGUUUGAUCCACUUGUUGGAGAAAAUGCUUGCCAAAUUAGAUCUCUUCAGAUUGCCCUUAUUUUCUUGAGAUAUCCAGUAGAUAGCCAAGCUCUUCUAUCGGAGAUAAGCCGAGUCAGAAUACAUUGCCUAAACCUUAUCGAAAAUCUGGAUCGGAUAGUUAAUAAAAGACCUAUAUCCGAUUUAUUCAAAAGUGAUAUUGAAAUUCAUUUAAACUUUAGCGAGUAUUUUCUAAUCCAAUCUUACUUGCUUACAAAAGUGAAAAUAUCCAAGCCACCAAGUAAAGAAAAUCCUCUAGUUUUGAACGAGUAUACAGACAUAAAAAAAAUUGGAGAAAUUAGUCACAUAGGAUCUAAUUUUACUAAUAAGCUUGUAAGCCAUUUAAGACAAAGUUUGUCCGUACAUUCAGUAGAGCUAAUUCAAAGUUUGGCAUAUCAAUUAGAAAUGGAUCAGACUGUAAAACAAAUAAUCUCAGCAGAUUUUGUAAUAAUUCAUCGCCAUCUCAAGUGCUUGCCAUGCUUUUGGGUCAGCAAAGUAGUCAUUCAAGCAGCUAUUAAAUACAAGAUCCCUAUAGUUUUACACGCUCAGCUCAAGAGCCAAGAUAGAAAUUAUCAGAUAGAAAACGAGAUCUUUCUUUAUUUUGAUGCUACCUUAACUGGAUAUCAGAAUGUACCCCUCAUUUCCUUAAAAAAGGAAACCCCAGCCAUUGUUCUAAUAGGGAGUACAGCUAGAGAUUUUAACAAUCUUCCGUCAGUUCAUGACUGGAAAAAGGAACUCAUCGCAUCAGGUCCUAUUGAUAUAUUUCUAGCUUGUGCAGCGACACAUAAACAGUAUCCCAAUGAAAUGGCUGGAGAAGAAAUUUAUAAAGACCAAAUUCAGAACAAAGAAUUUCAAUUUUAUCGAAAAAAAGCCUUUGAAUGGGGAUGCUGCCUACAAAAUGCCUCCAGAUUUUUCUGGUCUCAUGUAUACUGUGAUAGUAUCGAGAACAUUUCUUUAUCAAGCUUCGAAACUGCAGACAACUCUUGA